CAAGGAAAAUAAUGAAUUCAAGUGUGGCAAGUGAAAUAAAAUUUAUAGUCGCAUAGAAUACUUAAUUAAGCAUAUAUUUAAAUUAGUGCGGUCGCAUAAGGAAUAAGACUAAUAUUAGUGUAAUAAAUACCACAAAUGAUGUCGCAUAAAUGAACAUGGCAAUCAUUAAGUCGUGCUGUUUUUGGAAAUCAUUAAGAAAAGGCUGUUUCGCUAGUGCAAUAUAUACUCUUAUAUACUUUUUGGGAGCAUGUUUCACAUUUUCAUUAUAUCUCUACGAUGAGCGCGAUUAUCUAACAGGAAAAGUCGACAAACCAAUAAGCAUAAGCUUCUUAGGAGCGCCUUCGUUUAACUUAUGGUUCAGUAUGAUAUUCUUAGGAUGCUCCAUCCUCGGAGUCAUCUCAUCUAUUUUACUCAUCAUUGGAUUACGUAAAGAUCAACGUGAAUUUUUAGCACCAUUUAUCAUCAUCAUGUCACUGGAUUUAUUCAUAGAAUUCUUACAUUUUGUCAUUCUUAUGAUAUUUGGUGACUCAAAGUUUGAUCCACUGACGGGAACAUUGUUUACUGUAGAUUUCUUUGUGUCAUGUCUUAAUAUGUAUUGUCUCGUGUGUGUCAUUUCACAAUAUCAAGAGUACAAAGAAUAUCGAUGUGCAAAUCACUUUAUCAUUAACAAUAGAACGCCUCAUUGUACAACGCCUGAGAAAUCAUGCAUAGUCCUACAUCAAUCAAAAACAAGUCCGAUGAAUAAUGGACAUACGAACAUAACAAUCGUUCAGGAGUCUCAUUUGAAUGGAAGUGCAAAUAUUGGUGUUUUGACAAAGUCACCCUUUCAACGUAGAAAGAAUAGAAGUUUGUUGAAAAAGCAAGUUAAAUUUACAGAUGAUUUGAAAUGCACUCCGGAUAUACUGACAACGAUAGUCAACGAUAAUAAGGAUGAGUGUGAGAAAAUCUCAUUGCAUUGUAAUUAUAAUCAUGACGAUGAAGACGAUUUUGAUGACGAUCGUCUUGUGACGAUGCAUGAUGAUAAAGACAAAAUGAAAGCACAGCUCGAGGAAAGAAUUUAAGCAGAAAUCCCUAAAGACGAUUUUAAUACCCUUUUGAAGAUUAUCAUCAGCAUCGGAAGUUCAUGGAGAAAAAAAGUUCCCGAAGAACAAUAGCAAUCAACUUGCAGACACAUUGAAAACUUUAAGCAGCAAUUAUUUGAUGACCAAAAGAAUUAAAAAAAUGUGCAAAAAUAUUUAUAUUCAUAUGGUUUGGAACCUCAAAAUUAAUAACGUAAUUAGAGUUAUUUGGAAAGGAUGGAAUGAAAAAAAAAUUUAAUUUAUCUCCACUCCAGUGAUAAAUUACGACUUUUCUGGGGAUAAAUUAUGAAGUGAGAAAAGUUGGAAACAGAAAUAAAAUAUUAAUUGCAAUUAUAAAGUGUAAGGGUGGGUGUUGUGAGAAAUUACUAAUGAAGUGCAUAAGUUGCUGACAAAUCAGCUUGUUCAAGUACAUAAAUUCACAACAACAUCCCAACUCCCUUCAAAAACCAACUCACACAAAGGAAAUAAAAUAAAAAACUUAAUUUUAAGUGUUAAAAAGAAGAAUUUUGUGAGAAAAAAAAAACUCAGACA